CGAAAACAUCUUAUCAACAUAGAUAAGGUUUUUGUAUAUAUAAACUGAUGACAAAUGCUAUAAUCCAAAAUUAUACUUUUUGCAUUAUUUGGAAAAAGGGGAGAAAUCUAUGGCAGUUCAUGGUGAAAAUGAAGAGGGAAAGCUUACAGCCACAGUAGUAUGUUGGCUUCUAGGAAAUGGAUGCCUUUUCUCAUGGAAUAGUAUGUUAUCAAUUGUUGAUUACUAUGAAAACUUGUUCCCGAAAUACCAUCCAGCGAGGGUUCUUCCCAUAGUCUAUCAACCUUUCGCAGUUGGAAUAUUGGUUAUUCUAACAUACAACGAAGCAAAGAUAAAUACAAGAAGAAGGAACUUACUUGGUUAUACCAUUUUCUUCAUAAGCGCCUUACUGGUUCUUGUUUUGGACUUGGCUACAUCUGGAAAAGGAGGGAUUGGAACAUAUGUUGGUCUAUGUAUAAUCAGCGGCGUAUUUGGAGUUGGUGAAGCCUGCGUUCAAGGUGGAAUGAUUGGAGAUCUCUCCUUGAUGUGCCCCGAGUUCAUUCAAUCUUACUUGGCUGGUUUGGCUGCUUCUGGUGCUCUAACUUCUGCCUUGAGGUUGAUUACAAAAGCAGCCUUCGGAAAUUCAAGAAACGGCCUUCGUAAUGGAGCUAUGAUGUACUUUGCUAUCUCCAUGUUAUUUGAGCUGCUAUGUCUGAUUCUGUAUGCACAUGUCUUCCCCAAACUGCCUAUUGUAAAGUACUACCGUUCAAAAGCAGCCUCAGAAGGAUCUAAAACUGUUUCUGCUGAUCUUGCGGCUGGUGGAAUACGAGUACUAACAAACGGACAAGCUGCAGAAGAGAAGCCUGAGUAUAUGGAGCGCCUAAACAACAAACAGUUGAUUGUUCAAAACAUGGCCUAUGCAGCUACAAUAUUUCUCAUAUUUGUUUUGACAUUUUCAAUAUUUCCUGGGUUUUUAACCGAAGACACUAAAAAGCACAGCUUGGGGAGUUGGCACGCGCUUGUUAUGAUUGCCAUGUUUAAUGUCUGGAAUCUGAUUGGAAGAUAUAUUCCUCUUAUUGAUUCCUUGAAGUUGAAAUCACGUCGAUGGCUUCUCAUUGUGUCUCUUGCUCGUUUCUUACUGAUCCCAUGUUUUUACUUCACGGCUAAGUAUGGAGAUGAAGGUUGGAUGAUCAUGUUGACUUCCUUACUGGGAUUAAGUCAAGGAUAUCUCCCUGUUUGUGUUCUAACUGAGGCGCCAAAGAACUAUAAGGGGCCGGAGCAAAACGCACUAGGAAACUUGCUUGUAUUGUUUCUGGGCGGAGGUGUACUUGCAGGGGUAACACUAGACUUGUUAUGGCUUAUUGGUAAAGGCUGGUAAUAAUAAGGUUGCAAAAUUGGUUCUUCAUGAUUCAGCUGUCACAUAUGUUUGAUGUUACAACUGCAGGUUCUUUUCUCUAGCGACUGUUAAACUAAAUUAAAGCAGUCGAGUGCAAUUUAUUUCGGGUGGAACUAUGUAGAUGACUAGGUUUAAUCUGAAAUGGGGAAAGAAGGCCCUAAUCUGCUCAUGAGUGUUAAGGCCAAGAUUAAUAGCUACAGCACACUCUUUUGUAAGAUGACUUAUGGAGCAUUGGCUUCCCACAAAGAUAUAACAUAUCUG